AUGUUUCUAAUUUUUCUCCAGAACUUUUUGAACCACUAUCAGUACUUAUCUCCAACGCGCGCAGGAAACCACGACUUGGUGGUUGCCAUUAAAAAUUUCCAAGAGUUCACUGGUCUCCCUGUGACUGGCAAGUUGGAUGAACUAACACUUGCGCAGAUGAAAGCACCACGCUGCGGAAUGCCAGAUCCUGUGGGUAAACAGGGUCGAGUGAAGAGAUACAGUACAUCUGGCAGAUGGAACAAAAGACACUUGACGUACUUUGUGGAAUAUGGAGCUGAUUUAUCUCGUUCAAAACAAGACGAUGUGUUCGAGAAAGCUUUAAAGUUCUGGUCUGACGUGUCAGGUUUGUCUUUCUCUACAACAAGAAGCGCAAGUACCGCGGAUCUUAAAAUCAGGUAAGUAUGUUUUACCUUUAUUCUAAUGCAGUUAGCAUUUCCUUGUAAGUUGAAAAGCUCACUGGCCCUUGACAUGGAUCGAGAGAUCUGGGUUCGAGCCAAACCAUUUUAGCGCAGUCAUUUCAUUUUGUUCCCGGGCAAGACAGUGCCCUUCUCCAUCCAGGAGUACUAGUAGGUACUUGAGAACUUUCAAAAAGAAACAUCCAAGACUGAAACUUGUAACCUCGUAAUGCUAGCUCGAUACUCCAUGGAACAAAAUGAGCCAUGACGCCAAAAAUGUUGGAGGCGGGUCAAAUCAAAGUUAGAUUAAAAAAAUGUACGGCUCUUUAUAAACUAUUUAAAUUUUACUCACUUAUUUUUCUUCACAUAGCUUUGGAAGCCGAGCACACGGAGGAGUUAGUGAGAACCAAUGUGGUUACCCAUUUGAUGGGGCGAGCGGAACAUUAGCGCAUGCAUUCUACCCUUCUGAUGGACGCGCUCAUUUCGACGAGGACGAAACUUUCACUGACGGCACCAGCCGAGGAACAAAUCUUCUGUGGGUGGCUGUACACGAAUUCGGACACGCCCUUGGAAUCCAGCAUUCAUCUGUUAGAGAUGCUGUCAUGUAUCCCUACUAUACUGGGUAUGUGCCGAACAUGCAGCUUAAACAGGACGACAUCGCUGCCAUUCAGUCUUUGUACGGUAAGUUUUAUUUCGGUAGCAAAUAG